AUGGAUUUGAAAACUCAUGAAGUUCAUUCAGGUCAUUUUAUGGUUAGCAUUCUUGAAGAUUCUGAGGAUGAGACAGAAGAUUCGAAUAAUGUAUUGACUGAAAACGUCACUGGAUACAGUUCCAUAGAUAACAGUAAUCAGUCAACUGUUAGAGAUAAAAACAGGCUGAUUUUUGAGAACCUAGCUUCACUUUUUAAGUAUUUGGAGAUUGCUUACAGUGGAAAGCUGACUAGCCCGAAAUGGGACAAAUUUCGUGGACUAAGAUUUGCAAUAAAAUAUAAAAUCCGACUCAACAACAUAGUUUGGAGAGAAUAUCACAUGCAAUAUGUCAAAAAAUUAAAACCAGUUGUUGUUCAAUUCCAAACACCUAUAUAUGAAGAUCAUUCUAAAACUGAAAAGGAAAAUAUUGGAAAAGGCGCUUAA